AAUACUAAAAAGAGACGGAGAGAAAAAAAAGAACAGCAAAGCAUCAACUCCAAAAACACGAACAUCAAAUCUGGGCAGAAAAAAAAGCACAGAUUGUUGAACAAGAAAACCCCAGAAGAGAGAGAAAAAAGUGAGUUGCAUAUCAAAGAAGAAUUAAAACUGCUGCUAUUAUCAGUGAAAUUAUAGUGUAAAAACUCGAAAAAUGGAUGUGAUAAAAACGCAGCAAAUAUCUUCUAGAGCAAUUGAGAAAGUGGUUGUUCAUCCAUUAGUGCUUCUUAGCAUCGUCGAUCACUACAAUCGUGUUGCGCGUGAUUCGAAGAAGCGUGUUGUCGGUGUUUUGCUUGGUAGCUCUUAUAAAGGCACUGUCGAUGUUACCAACAGUUAUGCAGUUCCCUUUGAGGAAGAGGAGAAGGACCCUAGCAUUUGGUUUCUUGACCACAACUAUCACGAAUCUAUGUUUUCCAUGUUCAGGAGGAUAAACGCAAAGGAGCAUGUUGUGGGUUGGUAUAGCACUGGUCCUAAGCUACGUGAGAAUGAUCUGGACGUUCAUAGAUUAUUUACCGACUAUGUUCCAAAUCCUGUUUUGGUUAUCAUUGAUGUACAACCAGAAGAGCUGGGAAUACCAACCAAGGCUUAUUAUGCUGUUGAGGAGGUAAAAGAGAAUGCAACACAGAAGAGCCAGAAGGUAUUUGUACAUGUUCCCUCUGAAAUUGCUGCCCAUGAAGUAGAAGAAAUAGGAGUGGAGCACUUGCUUAGAGAUGUGAAGGACACUACAAUCAGUACUCUAGCGACAGAGGUGACUGGUAAACUUGCAGCUCUCAAAGGGCUUGAUGCCCGUCUGCGAGAGAUCCGCAGUUAUCUUGAUCUUGUUAUAGAUGGGAAACUCCCACUCAACCAUGAAAUACUGUACCAUUUGCAGGAUGUGUUCAACCUUCUUCCUAACCUUAGUGUGCUUGAGUUAGUCAAGGCUUUUGCUGUCAAAACGAAUGACAUGAUGCUGGUAAUAUAUCUGUCUUCUCUUAUCCGAAGUGUGAUCGCCCUCCACAACUUGAUCAACAACAAGAUGCUUAACAAGGAGCACGAGAAGGCAGAAGACUCAAAACCAGUAGCUGUACCUGCUGCUGCAGGAAGCUAAGCUCAAGACUUGUAGCUUAGGUGAUGGGCUUCAGGGAGGGUACAGAUUUCGUGCAUUAAAGCAUUUUGUUUUCUCAAUGUUUUCUUGCAUUAAUUGCUAUAUUUAGAAUUUGGCAUGAGAAUUUGCUUUAAUGCACCAAGCCUUUGCUUUGCAGAGUUUGGACUUUGUAAGGCAGUUCUAUGCAUUGCAUUCGUUGAAUUUGCUUUAAAGAUGCCAUUUUUUUUCGUUUA